GCAAAUCCAGCAAUACACAACGGAGAUCAAGUAAUAAUGUCUCAUCAGGUGAGACUGGAAAAGUGCUUUCAGCUGGGGAAAAAUCUGAAGCCAAAAAGGUAUGUAAGAUAAAUCUUAGAUAUUUUUUGCUCUAAGAGCUAGUUAUUUUUAGGGAGAUUAGAAUGAUAUUAAGAUUAAGGGCAAUGAUUUAAUAUAAUACUUUAUAUUAAAGAGAAAAACUAACAUGGUGGAAGAGAAAACAAUGCUUACAAAUGUCUUUUUUUCAAACAGCACCAGAGUCACUUUUUAGCUGGGGUUGGCAAUCUGCAGCCUAUGUUAAUGGUCUGGUCUGAAAACUAUAAUAGUCUACAUUGGUAUUUAAUAAAUAUUGAGAAGCUGUAAUAAAUACAGCACAUUUGUGAACUAGAUUUUUCUUUGGCCUCUUACCAAAGUUUAACAACCUCAGCUGAUUUCAUAACCUGCAUAAAUGGAGGCUGUGAUUUUUUAUGUAUCAAUAAGCUUGAAUUUUAUUAGGCUCCUCAGAGAUGAUUGCUGUCGAUAAUAUUUUUUUAUAUUAUAACUUUUGUUGUUGUCCAGACUCAUUCUGCUGAUCAAAAUGUGAAAAAUGAGAAUUUUGAGGAAAAACUUGAAGGGUAUUUGCCUGAAGAAAAUAAGGAGUUGCCUGAUAAUGGGGGAGGUAACCUCAACCAGAGUUACGAUGGACAGAAUCAGAACAGCUUUAUUAUUAUCGGUGAGGAUGAAGCAAGAUUGCCAGAAGCAGACGCUGCCCAAACUGAAAUCCUGGGCAAAGACGUCGACGUUGAAUUACCAGGCGAGGGUAAAAAACCAAAGAAGUCUGACAGGAGCAGCGAUGAGAGCUCUUACGAUGUUAUUGAGGAUGACAGGCUCGAAGAAACUGCUGAUGAAGGAAACAACGGAGAGGGCAGGGAAGGUGCUCAAAAUGUUUUUGAGGAAAAAAAGGAUGGCGACCCGGUGGCUGAAGAUAUCAAACCACCGGAGGAAUCAUUUUCAGAUCUCAAUGAAACUAGCAUGGUUGUCAUAGAGCCUGGUGACCGCAAUGUUAACAAGCAAUCCGAGACUUCCAUCUAUUCAGCAACUGUUAGUGAGCAGCUGGGUUUCUCUCAGAGCGAAGAUAUGACUAUUAGUGAAGAUCAAGACCUGGCAACUGAUGUGGGGGAGAAAUUUGAAGAGGGAACUGAAACGACUAGAAAGGAGGAAGAUGAAGCCAACUUCUCAGUGCUGGAUGAAGACAAUACUCUUGUGUUUGGUCAAGAUGCAAUCCCUGAUGAUGACAAGAGUGCUGAUGGAGAUGCUAGCCAGGAACAAGACCUGUCUAUUAACAACUCUGGCGGUCAGCCGGGGAGUGGGGAGAAACAGCUUGAAGAUGAGCCCAAUGCCCAAGUCAUCCCUUUACAUGACCCAAUACUUACUGCAGCUUCAGAGGCAAAAUCAGGGAACGCCAAAGCAGGUGAUAUUCCUCAAGACUCUGAGACAUUCGACCCUGCAGAGGUAGCGGCUGUGAUUAGCAAAUGUCAAAGCUCACCCAUGAACAUCACUAAGGCAGACAUUUUUUACCUUGUGGACCUAUUACGUCAGCGAAAUCCAGAGCUUCACUCUGCUGUGCUAGACUGUUUGAUUCGUAUUGCUGCUUUUACUCACAAUAUUGUAAGUUGAUCAUGUAUGUAGCUAUAUUUCUCUCCAACUCUUAAAAAUAAAGUUCUACUAUAUUUUUUUUUGGACAAAUUAAAUUCAUCUACUGUCUGGGUUUUAAAUGUUACUAUAUGUUGCUGUCACUUUAUAUACACAGAGACUUAAAUAUGAAAUCCAAGUUACAGCUAUGAUGGAUUUUGUUUAUAAGCAAAUGUCAUAUUUUAAUACUUUAAAAUUUAAAAAAAUCAAAAGAAAAAAAUAGCAAAUUUAUCAUUAUUAUUAUUAUUACAGUGGUCUUAAAUAUCGCGAUACCCCAGCCUAAGGCUUCACAUAAAAAAUUGUCUUUUGUAUAUAUUUGUAAGUUAUUAAAAUUAUAUUUGUUAAACAGGCUAUACAAUUUCUCUCUCUUUAUUUAUUAAGGCAAAUAUUAGAGAAAGCGGCUGCCCAGAAGUUAUUGUCCAACAAGUGCAAGAGUACUGCCUGGCUGUGACAUCAGGUGAUGGGAAAGCGGAGAAGACAUUGAACUCUGUAUGCCAGGUGUUGACCAAUCUCAGCAUGGAUCCCAAGACACAGGAGGAACUUGGAGUCAGUUUCUUUUAUAGUAUUGUUUCAUUCGUUUUCUUGAAAGCGCACCAUUGAAGCUAUCAUUAAAGGGUUGGGACACAUUAAAAUAGUUGAGGUGAAAUAAUGAAUCAGGUUAAAGCUUUUUAAAAAGCUGAAGAGUUUUUUUAAAGUAAAUUGAAUAAUGAAAUAAAUGUAGCACCAGCUAAAAAAAAAAAAAAACCCAUGUAAUUUGUAUGUAAUUUUAGUAUCAAUCACACUGACAUUUUUAUUUUGGCAGCAUCUCAUGUUAUUGGGGGUUAGGGAUGUUGUAAUAAUAAUAAUAAUAAAGUGUAUUUCAAAAACACGCUUCAUCCCCAAAGGCUCGAAGCGCGGUACAAGAGUAAAAAAGAGUACUAGCUUUGGUUUUUAAAAAAAUCUUGAUUUUGUUUUGUAGACGAAGGGUUUAUUUUAAAACAUGAAAAGCCUUUUCAAAAUUCUCCAAAUAGUGACUAUUAAGUUUUUGCUCAUCUUCUUUUUCUUAUAUUUUCCACUCAAUUUUUUUAAAAACACAAAGACUUGAAUAAAAGAUUUAAUUAUUUUUUUUUUAAAAACUGUAAUUUCUUGACUUACUAUCUCAGGAUGCCAUACCAGCCCUCAUUGACUUGAUCCAGAUUAGACCCUUUGGGGACGCGAUCAUCCUUUCUGCCCUCCGCCCGCUUGUUAACUUGUCAUCUGAGAAAACCUAUCACAAGAUGUACAGGAAUCUCAUCCCAACCUUGUACCAGCUGCUUGAAUCAGGGACCCACAUGGCCAAGGUCCAGAGCCUAAAAGUCUUGGUCAACUUGUCACUGGACGAAGAUGUUGUGCCUUAUCUGUUAGCUGCCAAGGUUAUUUGCUUUAAAUGUUCAUUAAGUUAUUCUUAAGAAAGGGGCCAUCCAUAAAUAAAGUCGGCCAUCUGGGAGGGGGUAGGUAGUCACAAAUUUGUGAGGAUGUAUUAUGAAGGUGUCUAAAAUUGUGUCACUAAUUUGUUAGAGAGUGGUGGGGGGGAGGGGGGGGGGUUUAGUGGUCCAGAAUCUGCAUACAAUUUUUAAAAUAUAAUUUUUUCUUCUACUUAACUGAAUGGAUUCUUCUACUUAACUGAAUGGAAUUCAAAUUUUUUUUAAUUUCUUCAAAAUUUCCAUAUAUCUAUUAGACCAAGAGUCUUUUGAGUAAUUUUCUUAUAUUUCAAAAACGUUUAGAUGGAAAUGACUUAUGUUAUUAAUUAGAAGAUAUUUAAUGGCAGAUGUUUGAACCGCAGUGAGAGAGAAGAAGUUUAAACUUACUAUCUCCACAGAUAAUGGAUUUAAAAUAAUUUAUUUCUUUACUUUGUUUUUGUUGGUAUGGGGACAGAGUUAAUCAGUUGUCUUUCUAAUGUGCUCUUCUAUAUUUCAGGCUCCACCCAACCUGAUAGAGUUUCUUGACAGACCGACAGCAAAUGAUCUUAUCUUGAGAGCUGUCACAUUGAUUGCCAAUAUACACACUGUAAUUGACACCCUUCAGCUAACUGCAGCUUCUCUCCCUGUGGAUGAGAAGGCUGCCUCCCCAGAAACAAUGUACAUGGCCUUGACCGGCAUCGAUCGCCUUCCUACGCUGCGUAGCAAGGUGUUCCGCCUGACGAGACAUGAAGAUGAAGAUGUUGUCUAUCAGGCGUCCAAACUUUACAACUUAAUCUCUGAGCCAAGUGCUUGAGAAGUAGACAUUUUUUUUAGUGUUUGUUCUGUUACCAAGAAUAGAAAGUGCAUGCACUUAGUAAUGAAUUUCAUUUUUAAACAAGUUGCGAUAUAAACAUUUUCUUCAAAAAUGAUGACUGGCUACGUCUGUUAAGGUUAUUAAUUUUAAUUAGAUAUCUUUAAAGCUUGUUCAUGGGGACCUUGACCUGGAUUUAAAAUACAUUUAUAGUAAAGGAGAAUUUUGGACUUAAAAUGAGAUGACAAUUCAGCAAAGAAAGGGCAGUAAAUUUUAUCGAUAAAUUAAUUUCAUUGUUAAAUUUAGAAUAUCAUAGUCAAGUGAAAUGUGUAACUCAUUUCAGAUUAAAGACACAAACUAGUUGUGUGUGUAACAAGUAUGGUGAAGUUUUAAGAAAAUUGACAAAGUGCAAGUUAGAUAACAAUGCAGUGAUAAUUGUAGCCAUUCCAUUAGAUAUCAACGAAUAAGCUGGGAGCUGAUGGUUUACUCUUAGAACUUAUACAAUCAUUGCAUACAUCAGAACUAACACUUGCCCCACAUUGUCAAGGCAAUACUUCCCUGGUAAUGGGAAAAGAAUAUUCUUCUUUCUUUUUUUUUGGAGGUGUUUUCUUUGUUCUGUUUUGUUUACCAACAGUAUUGAAGUUUCCAAUUCAGUUGUUUUGUUGAACGUUUCUUAUAAGAAUUUUUUUUUUUUUUUUGAGUUAUUGAAGCACCAGUUUGUAUUUUUAAUAAUUUUUAAUAAGUAAUUUUUAAAAAUUGUUAACGUAAAGACCUAUCUUGUUUGGCAUUGUUGAAAUCAUUUUUUCUUUACGGUUUUAGACAGUGCUUCUCAAACUUCUUGUGUUACAGACUAGCAGAAAGGAUUGGUAUCCAACUUAAAAUUGUUCUUUAUUAGUCAUGCUAUAUUUAUGAACCGGCUGCUGUCAUUUUCCAGUCCAUGGAAAUUCACAUUGGGAAGCACAGGAAAACUGGUCCGUUUGGGUUGUUUUCAAGUACUAAUAAUAAAAAUAGCACUUUUAAAAUAGUGUUUGAAAUAAGUCAUCAGUUUUAGGCCUGACUUUAUUAAUGUGUGGAACCUUGAAUAUAUAUUAAUGCAGAAGCAAAUAAAAAGUGUUCUAUUUCUUGCUCAAAAUUAUAAUUUGUCUAAAUAUUUUGUGCUUAAAUAAAGUUUGUUAAAAAAUAAGGGCACAGUAUUCCUGAUGAAAUUAGUGUAGCCACCAUAGUUUCCUCUUUGUCAUCAUCUAGAAAUUGUAUUUUCAAAAAAGUUGACACCCACAAACCAAUGUUCCCUUUAAGCUGCGCGGCUGCACAGCCAUCUCACAGAUGCUGCGCAUCAGUUUUGAGUAUCUGCACAGCAAAUUUCCAUAUAAGUUUGUGUUUGUGGGCUGUAAAAUUUUGCACACAAAAAAAAUGAUGCUCUAAAACUCUGCACACAAGUGUUUGAUUUUGCACACUAAUCAGCAAACCUUAGAGGGAACAUUGCCACAAACAAUAGACUUGACCUCUCAUGGCGGAUACCAAAGUUAAGAUGAAAUCAAAGUUUUGAAAACAUUUUUAAAGACACGGCUGUUUAGAGAAUAGUAAAACUAAAAAUUAAACUUCACUUCAAUGGCUGCCUUUCAAUUUGGUGAUCAACAAAAAGAAACCAUGGACAGGAUGGGCGCCUCCAUUGUAAAUUGUUGUUAAUUGAAGUCUUUCAGUAGAAUCACGUGGAAAGAAAAAAAGAACACUAAAACAUUCAGUCAGUGUGUUUGUGUUGGGCGCAAUGCAAUAGUGGUGAAAAGUUCCAAUGCUGAUCAAUGUGUGUGCGAUGUGUGUCUUUAAUUUAAAGCUGCGUUUUUUUUUUGUUUUUUUUUUUUAAUAUCAUUUAUGAAUGCAUUGAAUGAAAGAUAUUUUCACUGGCAGAAACCGGACUUGUUUGUUUCUUUUGUAUUGAAUAACUUCAUUGCUUCCAGCUCGCUUUUACCUCUAUUAUAAAAGCUUUGAUAACCAAAGAGGUUUUCUUUUUACUCUUACUGUUAAAGUUUAAAAUGCUUCAAAAGCAACUUUGUUGAAAUUGGUGUUUUUCUCUAAGUAAAUAGUACAUUUCAGUACUUUUACUUUAAAGGAGAUUUAAUUUAUCACAAUCAAAUAAAGAUGCUUGGGUUGCCAGAUAUUAACAUGUAUGUUUUAAAUAAUUGGAUCUAAAAUUUAAAGAAAUAUCAUUUUGGACUAGACUAUUUCACAUUUGGGUUCGUGAAUAUUUAAAUUUUUUUAAAAGUAAAUGUAUAAAGCAAUUAAUUUUUUUCAAACAAGCGAGCAGCACCAGUGUCUCUAACUAUAAGAUAUUUGCUUGUUUAGUUAUGAGAGAAUCAGAUUCCAUGUAUGCAUUGUAACCUACGGUGACUAUCAUAGUCUUUUUCUAUUUAAAAACCUCAAGCUGGCAAUGAAACUUGUGUCUAGGAGGCGAGUCAUUAACGAUCAGUAUAUAAUGUUUUCAGUCAAAUGUGACUGCAGCCGGCAAUAAAAUGAUACUGGUUUGUCCACACUUCUUUAUUCAACUUUACUGUCCACAGAAUUAUUUAAUCAAGAAAAGAAGACAAGAAAUUAAGUCUCACCUCUUAACUGAUCCAGACAUAACCAUUUUUUAAAUUUAUUUUAAAAUGUAUUUUUUUUAGAGAUCCCUCUCAGAGCUUACGUCAAAAUAUAUCAUGUUAGAAUUAAAUUUUAUCUGUAGGAUUAACUACAAUUUUAUGAAAGUUUUUUGUCUGUCCUCGAUUAUGUGAUGUAAAAAUUUAAAAAUAUAUCAUUAACAAUAUUCUUUCUCCAGAGAUAGCAAAGUUAUCCUCAGACUUUGUGUAUGGGGAAUAUAACAAUUUCUAAUGUCUAUCCGUCUGUACAAUUAAAGAUGUUUCAAUUUGCAAAUGAGUGCUGAUGAAUGUCGGUGCACAUAAUGAGAAUUGAACCUAAAAUUUAUAACCGCCAUAUUAUUAAUAAAUUUGAUUUGUUACAAAAGGUUAUAAUGCACCAUUUAAAAUGAGUUACGGAGAUAUUGCCUGGAAUAUAACUGAUUGCAUGUGCCAAAGAUACAGAUGACAUUAUUAGUGGCAUAAGAAAACAUUGCCAACAGAUGACAUAUUAGUGGCAUAAGGAAACAUUGCCAUAAGCUAUGUUAAGUGUGUUUUUCUUGCUCUUUUUUUAAAACAAAGCCUUAUGUUAACUGUUAUGAUUGAAAUAAAAUGAGUUUACAUAUAA